AUGCGGAGGCUUGGUGCAGUGCACUCCUCCGCGGCGAAGGCUCUCCGCCUCGCGUUCGCACUGCUGCAGCUGCUGACUCAGCUCCCGGCUGCCGACUCAGCGCUCCGGUACCGAGUCGCGGAGGAGGGCCCGCCUGACGUCAAAAUCGGCAACGUCGCCGCCGACCUGGGCCUGACGGCGGGCACUGGCACCGGGGACGUCACCUUCGCGUUGGAGAGCGGCUCGGAGUACUUCAAGAUUGACAACGUGACAGGGGAGCUAACCACGGGCCCCAGGCGCAUCGACCGGGAGAAACUCGCCCAGUGCCAGAUGAUAUUUGACGAGAACGAGUGCUUCCUCGACUUCGAGGUCUCCGUCAUCGGGCCCCUGCAGAGCUGGGUGGACCUGUUCGAGGGGCGUGUGGUCAUAACAGACAUUAACGACAACACCCCGUCUUUCCCCUCACCUGUGCUCCAGCUCUCGGUGGAGGAGAACCGGCCCAUAGGGACCCUCUACCUCCUCCCCACGGCUACGGACCGCGACUUCGGGCGGAACGGCAUCGACAGGUAUGAGCUGAUCCAAGAUGGCGGAGCGGGGUCGAGUUCAACGAGGCGCGCGACGGUCGGAAACCCCAUUAACAGAGUGGACGGAGGGCAAGGGGACCGAAGGAGUAGGACAGGGGAUGGCGGCGGAGGGGCGAGGAGUAGCGUUUUUGAGCUACAGGUGGCAGAUACACCCGAUGGCGAGAAACAACCACAGCUCAUCGUGAAGGGCCCAUUGGAUCGCGAACAGCGAGACUCCUAUGAGCUCGUGUUGAGGGUCCGCGAUGGAGGGAACCCACCUCGCUCCUCCCAGGCCUUGCUCCGUGUCGCCAUCACCGACGUGAACGAUAACAGCCCGCGCUUCGAAAGGGCCGUGUACGAGGCAGAAAUGGCGGAGAACGCCCCUCCGGGCACACCUGUCCUCCAAGUCAGAGCAUCAGACCGUGAUGUAGGCGUCAACGGGCAGGUGGAGUACGUCUUUGGAGCUGCCACCGAAUCUGUCAGGCGUCUCCUGCGGCUGGAUGAGGCGUCUGGAUGGCUGAGUGUCCUCCACAGGAUCGACAGAGAAGAAGUGGCCCAGCUGAGAUUCACGGUGACGGCCAGGGACCGGGGUCAGCCACCUCGCACUGAUCGAACCACUGUUGUUCUGGCCGUCAGAGAUGAAAAUGACAACGUGCCCGUGGUGGAGAUUCGGAAAAUUGGAAGGAUUCCUGUUCGCGACGGAGCGGCAUUGGUACCAGAAAACGUUUUGGUUGACACGCCAGUGGCUCUGGUACAGGUGUCGGAUCGAGAUCAGGGGGAGAACGGGGCUGUGACGUGCACGGUGGUAGGAGAUGUCCCGUUCACGCUGAAACCAGCUGGAGAAACCGCCCUCCCACCUCUGCCUGCAGACGAGGCCUUUGACAGGAACAGGAAAAAGUACUUCUUGCACACCUCGGCCCUGCUGGACUACGAGGCCACCAAAGAGUACAGCGUCACCAUUGUGGCGGUAGACUCUGGAAGCCCCAGUCUGUCCAGUAACAGCUCGCUGACGGUGCGAGUGGUGGAUAUCAACGACCAUGCGCCGACCUUCGCCCAGAGCGUCGUGGAGGUCCACUUUGCCGAGAACAACUCGCCCGGCGAGAGGGUGGUCACCGUGUUAGCCACAGACGCGGACAGCGGCAAAAACGCAGAAAUCGCCUACUCCCUCGAUCCCGCAGCCAAUGGGGCUUUUUAUGUCGACGCGGACAAUGGGGAUAUCAGGGCGACCGGGGUUUUAGACCGCGAGCAAAGGGAGAGGUACGAGUUCCGGGUUAUUGCCAAGGACAAGGGCACGCCCCCUCUGCAGGGCUCGGCGACCGUCGUCGUCCAGGUGACGGACCGCAACGACAACGCGCCAAAGUUCGUCCAGGAAAUCUUCAUGUUCUACGUGAAAGAGAACCUCCUCGCCAACAGCCCGGUUGGCAUGGUUACCGUAACCGACGCAGACGAAGGGGAGAACGCGGAGCUUAGCCUGUUUGUCGAGCUGGAUGGAGACGACGAGAUGAAGACAGGAGGAGGGGCAGAGAAGAGCGAAGGGGGAGAUGGAGAAAAGGGACGAGAGGAGGUGUUUUCUAUCGAAAACAACACGGGAACCAUCUUCUCCUCGGCGUCAUUUGACCGAGAAAAGCUAGCCACCUACAUCUUCCGCGUCCGGGCCGUGGACGGGGGCGAGCCUCGCAAGACCGCCACCGCCACCAUCUCCCUAUUUGUGACAGACGAAAACGAUAACGCCCCAUUGAUCACCUCUCCCGCCAACGAGUCCUACACGCUCCUUCCCCCGGCCAGCAGCGCUCGCACCAUCGUCAGGACCGUCACCGCCACGGACUCGGACACGGGCCCCAACGCAGAUCUCCACUACACCCUGGUCGGGGGAAACCCCUUCAGACUGUUUGAGAUCGGCCAUACCAACGGGGUGAUCACCCUGGCCGAGCCUCUGGAAAGACGCCACAGGGGGUUACACCGCCUGGUAGUGCGGGUCAACGACAGCGGGGUGCCCUCACUCUGCGCCACCGCCCUGGUCCACGUCUUCAUCAACGAGAGCCUGGCCAACGCGACGCUGGUGGACGUACAGGUGGCCCGUAGCCUCAUGGCUCCUCUGACCCUGGACAUCGCAGGGGACCCAGACAGUGAGCGCGCGUUAGGAAAACAGCGCCUCAGUGUGGCCAUUGGUGUUCUAGCGGGAGCCGCAGCUGUAAUCUUGGUUAUACUUCUAGUAGUCACAGCGAGGCAGUGCGGUGCCCAAGGCAAAAAUGGCUAUGAGGCCGGUAAGAAGGAACCAGAGGAAGACUUCUUCAGUCCCCAGGGGGCGCAGCCACAGGUUGGACGCGGCGGGGGCUCGGAUCGGGGACGGAAAUUGCGCCGGGACAAGCGCAGCGGAAGCGGCGGCAGCGUGGCCGUGGGGGGAGGGAAGUCAGACAGAUCCCUCUAUAGCGGCAUUGUCACCGUGAACGGACUUCGUCGCCACGCGAGUGAUGAGGACGAGGAGGACGUGAGCAGCGCCAGCGAGCGUCUUGCGGCACGUUACUGUGCAAUGGAUGGUGACCCGGGCAGUCCACGGAUGGGUGGUGGCAGGAGGCACCAGUCGAGUCCAGAUCUGGCCAGGCACUACAAAUCCAGCUCCCCGCUUCCGGCGGUGCACCUCCAGCCCCACUCCCCCCCAGCAGAGGGCAAGAAGCACCAGGCAGUCCAGGAGCUGCCCCCUUCCAACACCUUUGUGGGCAGCGGAGGCUGCGUGGGGAGCGCGGGCUCCAGCAGCAGCAGCAGCGGAGGCAGUGGCAACGCAGACGCCAUGUCCCUCGGGUCCGACCAGUGCUCAGAGUACGGCUGCCAGACUGGGAACAAGUACAGCAAACAGGGGACCCUCCGCCGGGUGACCUUCUCCGUAGUCAGCCAGCCUCAGGACGGCGGCUGUUAUGACAGCGGCCUGGAGGACUCGGAGACGCCGAGCAGCAAAAGUUCAUCGGGGCCGCGGCUGGGGGCCCUGCCCUUACCGGAGGAAGGCUACGAGCGAACCACACCGGAGGGCAGCGUAGGGGAGGAGGAGCACGUCGAGAACGAUGCCAGACAGUUGCCAGAUGUAGCCCUGACAGGAAAGUGUACCAGGGAGUGUGAUGAGUUCGGACACUCUGACACUUGCUGGAUGCCCGUUCACCCGUCACCACGCCAGAGGCAGCGCCAUGGCAGCGACCCACCGCGGCUCUCCACCUUCUCCCCGGGAGACGACAACAACAACCUCCGUGGCAACGAGCAGGAGAGCGACAGCGAGAGCGCCGGCAGCGCGGGGAGCGCCGAGCCCGGGGCGGUCGUCGUCGGCAGCGGCGGAGGUCAGAGGUUGCCCCUGGCCAACGGGGACCCCCUCGGCACCCUGGGGAGGGGAGACCGCAACAGGAACGUGGGCGACCACAACCGCAACCUGCUGAACCGUAAGAUGACCUCGGCGUCCUACGACACGUUCAGCAGCGCCGGCUUCGAGAGGCGCCACCAGGGGGAGGAGGGAGGGGAGCGGCAGACCCCGCCCGAAGUCAUACCGUUGACACGGACUGGAGGAGACUACAAGACCACGUCCUGCCUCACGCUGUCCCGCCGCGAGGUCUACCUGUGA